AUGAUUCAAAGUAAGAGCUUAUCUAAGCAAAAACCUAAUAAAAAUGUUAAAAAGAAAGCUAAGAAACAAAAGAAGUGUUUUGAUUAUGACGAAGAAUCUGAAAGUGAAUUAGAUAUUAGUUUUGCUGAAGUUUCCGGUUCUGCUGAACUUUCUGAUGAAGAUUUUGAUACCUAUCGUGAAAACUUUUUAGCGGAAAUAAAAAGUGAUGAUAACUUUCUCGAAGAUUUGUUGCAAGCCACAACAGAAGAAAAAGAUAAUGACAAAUCUUACGUAAAUAAUGAUGUAGACACUACAAAUAUUGAACAAUUUGAACCGAAUUUAAACAAAAAGAACCUAGUAGUUAGUGAUUGGAUACUAAUAAGAUUCACAACAAAAAAGUUUGUGAAACGUGGAGAAGUAAAGAAUAUAUCAGAAGUAAAGAAUGAUGAUGAUAUCAUAAUGUUCCUUGAAAAGCCUGAUAUAUCUCGAAGAGAGCAUAUUACUUUCAAAGAAAAUUUUAAAAUGUAUAACAUUCAGUGA